AUGAGCAGUGUGGACUUAUUUUUUGAGGACGAGUACGAUGUGGAGGAAACCAACCUGCAAAGACUGAGACGCAGCAUCCGAGAUAAUUCGAACCCGAUGGAUCUGCCCAAUAGGCUGAUCAAUAAGGAAGCUUUUAUGUUCCUGUUGCAAAAAAUGGAGGACUCGUUCAAUCUCAAUGCUCAAUGCACCGGAGCGCAGCAAUACCACCAAUUUUAAAGCUUGCUUGCGCCCUUCGCUUUUUCGCUGAUGUCUCCUAUCAAAGGGGCGUUGGUAACGAUUUCGAACUAGGCUUCGCACAAGCAACGGUAUCGGUGGUCUUAAAAGAAGUACUGGAGAUAUUCCAGACCGUCAUUUGUCAUGAAUGGAUAAAUAUGCAAAUGACUGAAGACGAGAAACAAAGGGCUAGACAUUUUUUCUUCCGAAAAUCUCGUAUAACUGGAAUCAUCGGGUGCGUGGACGGAACGCACGUUGGUAUUGUUGCACCAAAUCGAUUAAAACAUCAGUAUUUAAAUAGGAAAGGGUUUUACAGUUUGAAUGCAAUGAUUGCUUGUGAUCACAACAUGGUGAUACGGUAUGUAGACGGCCGUUUUCCCGGUUCAACACACGAUUCAUUUCUUUGGGGAAACAGUGAACUGAAAGAAAUCUUGCAAAGGAUGUACUGCAAUGGAGAACGAAGUUCUGUGUAUUUAGGGGAUUCUGGGUACCCCUUAAGCCCUUAUCUAAUGACACCAUUUCGUAGUGCAAUCACUGGCAGCAGAGAGUCAACCUUUAACACACAGCAGGGAUGGCAUGCCAAAGCGAGAAAUAUUGUGGAGAAAACAAUUGGUGUGUUGAAAUGUCGUUUUCGAUGCCUCCUCGGGGAAAGAAAACUGCAUUAUUCUCCACACAAAGCCACACAAAUAGUCAACGCCUACUGUGCUCUUCACAACAUUUGUUUGCAUUUUAAU